CUCACACUUAGAGGAAGUAGUUCUACACCAUGGGCUACCGACAGUUCUGGCCAGCCUCCUUCCAGAUGCACCACUGGAUACUAAGUGUAUGAAAGAAUCAGCGAAUUCCUUAAACAAAAUGGAAGGAAUGGUGGAAGCCUGAGCACAAGCAAGCCUGUUGAUGAAGUACACACAGUGGUAUCAGGAAAGCUGACAAGUAGUUCUUGAACGGCAAAUGGGAGAUCUUUACCCUCCUGACUCACACCUUUCAGUCAUUGUACUUUAUACUUCAGCUGAUCCCAUUAAGAUACUGAUGCCAUCGCUAUCUCCUACGAUGGAAGAAGGAAACAUUGUAAAAUGGCUGAAAAAGGAAGGUGAAGCUGUGAGUACUGGAGAUGCCUUAUGUGAAAUAGAGACUGACAAAGCUGUGGUUACCUUAGAUGCAAGUGAUGAUGGCAUCUUGGCCAAAAUAGUGGUUGAAGAAGGAUCUAAAAAUAUACGGCUAGGUUCACUAAUUGGUUUGCUAGUUGAAGAAGGAGAAGAUUGGAAACAUGUUGAAAUCCCCAAAGAUGAAGGUCCUCCAUCACCAGCUUCAAAACCGUCAGUGCCUUCCCCCUCACCCGAACCACAGAUUUCUACUCCUGUCAAAAAGGAACACAUACUGGGAAAACUGCAGUUCCGUUUAAGUCCAGCUGCCCGUAAUAUUCUGGAAAAACACGCCCUGGAUGCUAGCCAGGGCACAGCCACUGGCCCUCGGGGUAUAUUCACUAAAGAGGAUGCUCUCAAACUGGUGCAGUUGAAAGAAACCGGCAAGAUUACUGAAUCCAGACCCACUCCAGCCCCUCCAGCCACUCCCACAGUGCCUCUGCCCCCACAGGCCACAGCCACACCACCUUACUCACGGCCGAUGAUCCCACCAGUGUCAACUCCUGGACAACCUAAUGUACCGGGCACAUUCACUGAAAUCCCUGCUAGCAAUAUUCGAAGAGUUAUUGCCAAGAGGUUAACUGAAUCUAAGAGUACUGUGCCGCAUGCAUAUGCUACUGCUGACUGUGACCUCGGAGCUGUUUUAAAAGCUAGACAAAGUCUGGUCAAAGAUGACAUUAAAGUAUCAGUGAAUGAUUUUAUAAUUAAGGCAGCAGCUGUUACUCUUAAACAAAUGCCAGAUGUUAAUGUAAGCUGGGAUGGAGAGGGCCCAAAGCAACUGCCCUUUAUUGACAUUUCAGUGGCUGUGGCAACAGAUAAAGGUUUAAUUACACCAAUCAUAAAAGAUGCUGCUGCUAAGGGUAUACAGGAAAUUGCUGACUCUGUAAAGGCUCUAUCAAAGAAAGCAAGAGAUGGGAAACUGUUACCUGAAGAAUACCAAGGAGGAUCUUUUAGUAUUUCCAAUUUGGGCAUGUUUGGCAUCGACGAAUUUACUGCAGUGAUCAACCCUCCUCAGGCCUGCAUUCUGGCUGUUGGGAGAUUCCGACCUGUGCUCAAGCUCGAGCAGGAUGAAGAGGGGAAUGACAGGCUGCAGCAGCGCCAGCUUAUAACAGUCACAAUGUCAAGUGACAGCCGAGUGGUGGACGAUGAACUGGCUACCAGGUUUCUUGAAAAUUUUAAGGCAAACCUGGAGAAUCCUAUCCGACUGGCCUAGUCCUCCAAAAUAAGAAGUUGGCUUUGGCUUAGUUAAUUGUAUAGCUGUUACCAGAAUCUACACUGUAGGAAAACAAUUAGGUAUAUAAGCGUGAUGUGGGUGAGUUGUUUAUUUAUUUAAAAAAGGUGAAUGAGUUUGGCCCAGGUUGUCUUCAUUUUCAGUUUGGGUUUAAUGGUGUAGAAAUAAAUAAACUGUAACUAAUAAAAAAGAACAUUUGGUUAGUCAGAUCCAUUUUUAACCUCUGGUGCUGUACUAAAGUGGAAUUAAACUUGAUGUAAAUUAAAUGUUGGCUCAUUUGAGCAUUUUAGACAAUAUUAUGAGAAUGUAUAAUAAAUUAUAAAGUCAAAAAAUUGUUAGAACUAAUUAUGUUGAAGUUAGAAGUGAUCUUCAAAGAGAAGCCCAUUAAUUUAAGCAGUGGGACCUCACUUUUUAUAAGCCCUGCUCUAGAUAUACUUGAACAAUUUAAUAUAUGUACAGUUUAUUCUGGAUAAUAGUAAGUAAGGAUCACAUUGUAUUAGGGGUUAUGGCAACAUUAUUGAAUUUUUUAUGUAUAUAAAGCCAUAGGUCUUAGAGUGGUUUCUAUCAAUCUUAUUUUUCACUUCUAUGACACUGUGAACUUCUAAAGAAGAAUUAAAAAGUCAAAAAUAAGAGCGAGAGAGAGACCAAAAAAUUUGUUUCAGUAAUAAACUAUAGUUAAGAUACCUAAACUUUCUGAAAUAAACUAUUCAUCUUCAUAUUAAGUUGGAAUAUAUUAAAAUAAAUUAUGCUAUUUCCUACCAAACAUUUUAAAUUAGUGUUACUUUCAACACAAAAUGUUGGGUUUUUUAGUGCAUUUUAAUCAAGUUUGUAUUGUGCAAUAAAAUGUGAGAAAAAAAUAAAAAUUCUACUGUAUUUUAAAUGUUAGGACACGGAAGUUUAGCAGAACCUUGAAGUAGGUUAGUAAUUUGCCUGAAACAGCUUAUAAGGAAUUCUACAGGAGGAAAGAUAUGAUGAUAUUAGGAAAACAAUGGAUAUGGAAUAUAAACUUUGAAAGAGAGUGGAAGGGAAAGUUUUCAAAGUAGGCAAAGGACUCUUCUUUUUAUUCUGUCAGUAGUAUGAAAUUUUCACUAAUUAUUCUAAAAAUUAGAAGGGCUUAUUUUUCCCUAUUAGCAACUUUGCUACAAUUCGCAAGUUAACUGUACUGAAAUUGGGUAGUAAUUUAAUUCACCACUCCCAGAAAGGCUUGUGUUAGUGUCUGCUGCCAGAAAUCACAAGAAAAAAGGCCAUGUGGUAGACACCACAUUACUUAGACUCUGUCAAAAGAGCUUCUAAAACAACUAGGGCCCCAAUGUAUCAAUUGUUAAGAAUACACAUAACCCAAUUACUCAGGGUUAACAAGAGUAGUAGUCUUCCAAAGUAGUCUUCAAAACUUUUGUUAUAGUGACAGUUACACUGAAAAUUAUAACCAAAUGCUUUUUUCAAAAUAACUUUUAUAAGUUACAAUUACUUAUGGUUUUAACUGAAAUUAUUUGUUUUUUUCCUAAUUUUUAAAAAGCAUUUUAUUUAUUUAUUUAGAGAGCAUGAGCAGGAAGGAGGGGCAGAGGGAGAGGGAGAGAGAGAAUCUCAACCAGACUCCGAGCUGAGCAUGGUGUCCAGUGGCAGGGCUCGAUCUCAUGACCCCAAGAUCACGACCUGAGCUGAAAUCAAGAGUCAGACACCUAGCUGACUAAGCCACGGAGGCGCCCCAUUGUUUUUUCCUAAUUUUUGUAUCUGAGGAACAGAACAUGAGACAGACAUAUAUAAGCGCUGGUGUGGAAUUCUGUUUCCCAUGCACCGUUGUGCAUAAGCAGUGGUGCAUCCAUUUACCUAUGAGCAAAAUGGGCGCUAAUGCCUGGUGCAGCCUGCCUUAUUAAGUUGUGAACUACACAGGAGGAAUGCAGUGUACAUUUGAGACAUUUUGAUUUUUCAUAGGUUGACAUCUUAGCUUUUGGUACAAAUGCUCAUUUGCUUGAAUAUUUAUAUUGACUAUAUAAGGAAAUUGCCAUAACACUGAUUUGAGAAAGAAGAACGGUAAGCUUGGUUUGGGUUACUAUGCAGAACAAACUAUGCACUACACAGGCAGGCUCCCUUCCCACCCCCAUUUUAUUCAUUUAUUUAUUUGUAUUUAUUUAUAAAUAGUUAUAUUAUAUUGUAUGUAUAUAAUAGAUAUUUACUUGUACUGAUAGUUAUCACAUUGAGAGAACAUAAACAUUGAAUUUAAUAUCUGGUCAUCUUUUUUCUCAUUUAAACAGGGAAAACAUGUAAAAUAUUGGGAAGACUUCUAAGAAAAGGGUGAUAACACAUUUCAGUUAACACUUGGGCAUGAAAAUAAAUAUCAAUGAAUAUUAGAAUUUGAAAGUCAAAUGGCCCUGCUUCUCCAAUUGCAAUUUCUGGUUGACAUUAACAAAUGUAGUUUUGUUCACUGUUCUGUGAAUAUCAGUAUAGUGAUGUGGAAUCAGUAUACUGUGCAUCAGUAUACUGCUCACCCAGCUUUUUUGUUUGAAACAUUACUAAGAGAUUUAUAUGGACUGGAACAGAUACCUUGGUAUAUCGUGUCAAAUGGAACUUUUAUUUUUAGACUUUUUUUCGUUUGUAUUUGCAUUUUGGACUUAAUUUCACAGUAAAUUGUAUAGGCCAGACAUCAUUUGGGCAUUCUGUUCAAAGUAAACCUAGUUUUCUAACCUUUUAAUUGAAAGAUAGGUGGUGCUGUGAGUUAAUGGAUUGUAGUUAGAGUGUGAGAGAAGAAUUAAAAUAGCAUUUAAAUCUUCGUGUUGAAAGGAAAGGUGUCCUCAUUACACACUGCAUCACGAUGGACUUUGUCUCAGGUGACCUGAAGAAGGAAAAGAAACAAGUAUGUUUCAGGUAAGAAUUAACCAUUAAUUUUAAUAUGACCUUACCAAUGGGAAAAUUCUGUUGAUUUUUAAAGAAGGAAGUAACUGCACAAUUCCUAUAAGCUUAGUCUGGCCACAAUGUGCAAAGGCAGGUCAAAACAAGGAGAGGACAGCAGUCAGCAGGAACCAUCUGGAAGCUAUUGCGUUAAUGAGAGCGUGAAUUGACUAAAUUCUCCACUAGGUCAGGGGGCUUUAAAGAAGAGAGAAAAUGAAGAAUAUUGUAAUGUUAGUUUGCUGUGGUGUAUUAUGAAUAUAUGGGGUGGGCAUGUGCUGUCAGGUGAUGCAGCAAGAAUGAUGUAAUUUCCUGGGCCAAAACACAGUCCCCCAAGGCCAAUGUCACCGGUCUCCAAAAGGUUAAGUUUUAUGUCCAGCAGAUGGUAUAUCUCCAUUUAAACUUUUUAUAAGUGUAAAAAGUAGCAGUCUUCCAAUAAAAUAAUUUUAAAUUG